GUGGGUUAUAUAUGACAGAUUCUAAACCUAAUCUUAUUCAUAGAUCUGAAUAAGGCAUGGUUUCUAAAAUAUGCCUUCCGACACCUUUGAAAAUUCGAGUUGAACCGGUGGGAAAAUGGUUUGAGAAAUAUUGCUUACUCGUCAGAGGGACAGAAGAUGAAUCUGAGGAAGAAAGUGAGGAAGAAGAGGAAAAAGACAUUGAAUUAGAAGACUGGCCUGAACUUCCGAACUUGGAUCCUAAAGAAUGGAAAGAUCAAGAUCAUUACGCUGUACUUGGUCUUCGUAAAAUCCGCUUUCGUGCUUCUGCAAAGCAGGUUAAAUCCGCACAUAAAGCUGCAGUUUUGAAACAUCACCCUGAUAAGCGAAGAGCAGCCGGAGCUAUGGUUCCUGCAGAUUCAGAUUCUGAUUAUUUUUCUUGCAUCACUCAUGCGUAUGAGAUACUUGGUGAUCGUGUGAAAAGAAGAGCGUUUGACAGUGUUGAUCCUCUCUUUGACGAUGAUAUUCCUUCCAAUAAUAAACAGAAUAAACAAAACUUUAUAAAUGUUUUUGGACCGGUUUUUGAGAUGAAUUCACGCUGGUCUAAUAAGAAACCUGUGCCUUUGCUUGGAAAUAUGGAUUCAACAUUUGAAGAUGUUGAUGGUUUUUAUUCCUUUUGGUAUAAUUUUGAUUCUUGGAGAGAAUAUUCAUAUUUAGACGAGGAGGACAAGGAAAAAGCAGAAGAUGCAUACGAACGUCGAUGGAUGGAAAAACAAAAUCGAUCCGAACGUCAAAAACGAAAAAAGGAAGAAAUGCAACGAAUUAGACAAUUAGUUGAUAAUGCUUACGCUUGCGAUCCAAGAAUAAAACUUUUCCGAGAAAAUGAGAAAAAAAGAAAAGAGGAGGAAAAAGCGAAUAAACUUGCCGCGGCUCGCAAACUUGCAGAGGAAAAGCAAGCAGAAGAAAAUAAAAAGAAAGAACAAGAACGUUUAGAGAAAGAAAAACUUGAACAAGAACGUGUAAAGCAACAACAAGCGGCGAAGAAAGCAAAGGAAAAAGAGAAAAAGGCAAUGAAAAAGGAGAAACAAAAGUUGGACAAUUUUUGCAAAGAACGAAAUUAUUUUCAAGAGUCAGAAGCUGAAAAGUUGAAAAUGAUUGACCAACUUUCUCACCUUAUGAUUUCAAUUUCGUUGGUUGAAAUAAUUGAACUUAACAAAGAUGUAACUUCAUCUAAAGAUAACAAAGAAGCCGGAGAUAAAAUAAAAAGCAAAUUAAAUGAUUUUCAGAAAAAAUUAGAUGCAGAAAAGCAGCAACAUUUGGAAGCUGCGAGUAAAAAGAAAUCUGGUGAACAAAAAACAAAUUCAAAAGAUGAUUGGGUAUAUGAAGAUGUUCAACUUUUAAUAAAGGCGGUUAACCUUUUCCCCGCUGGUACUGAAGGUCGUUGGGAGGUUGUAGCUAAAUAUAUAAACACACAUUCGCAAACUGGUAAACAAAGGGUUGGAAAAGAAUGCCUAGGAAGAGCUAAGAAUCUUCGCGAUACUGAAUUAAAAGCAAAAGCUAAUCAAAAAGUUUUUGAACGUUUUCAAGAAAAUCAGAAGACAUCUAGUGGCAAGAAAGUAGAUGAGGUUGAGAUUUCUCAACGCUACGAUGCUCCGAAACCAUGGAACUCCGACGAGCAACGUUUAUUAGAACAAGCCCUUAAAACUUAUCCCAGUAGCACACCACAAAGAUGGGAUAAAAUUGCUGAAACUGUUGGUUCAAGAACAAAGAAAGAAUGCAUGUUGAGGUAUAAAGACCUUGUUGAAAUGGUAAAAGCAAAAAAGAGUGUUCAAGCUGAUAAAACCAAGAAGUAAUUGAAAACAGAAUGAUGAAACUAAUAAAUAUAAUGCUACACAAUUAUUGGACAGUUUCAGUUCAGAGCACUGAUUCGUAUUCAUAUGAAACAGGUUUCAUAGUAUAUACCGUACAUAUUUUGAUAUAUUUCAUUUAACUAAAUUGGUCGCAAUGUCCCCACAAUUAAAUUUAAUAUUAGUAAGAUACUAUUAUAUAUUCACAAGACAGUGAUGA